UGGGCCUUCUGUCUUCCUAUUCCUUAGUGCCGAAACACCGUCUUCAUUUUAACUCAUCUUUUUUCUCUCAUAUAAGCAAAACGCCAUGAAGCUCCACGGGGCGGCCAUUGCCCUUACGCUGGCCAGCUCAGUUCAGGCCUACAGUCCUGAAGGUACUUGCUACAGACAACUCGGGGACUCCAUGCAACCCCAUAACACAUACACCUACCAGAUGCCCACUCUCAGCAUGAGGGUCUGCGGCCAGCAGGGCCAUCGCUACGUGGCGAUUCGGGGUGUAGAGUGCUACUGCGGCAGCUCGAAACCACCCGAGAAGUUCGAGGUUUCGUUGGAGAAUUGCGAUACGCCGUGUCGGGGGUGGCCGAGUGAUAAAUGCGGCGGCAAAAAAGCCUGGUCGGUUUACUCUACGGAGCAUUUCUUUAAGCCGCGCUCUUCGUCUUCGAGGACGAGUACGACGAGCAUGAGUGAGAAAGCUAGCUCGACUUCGGAGGUUUAGGCUACGUCCGAUGGUCCAACAAGCUCUUCGCCAAGUGCGGUGGACAGCACAUCGACCGGCGAGACUCCUGCAUCUACAUCCGGAGCUCUUCGUGGCCUUGCUUCCCUAGUGCCUGAGGCGGUUCAUAACUUUGCUGCCUUCGUUGAGGCUCAGGUACUAAGGGUGCAAGUGAACGAAUAGUCGCGAGCAGCUACGGGUAUGAUUCUAGUUGGUCGAUUUGGGAUUUAUGGCGGAGUUAGGUUUAAUCGUGAUGACCGAUAUAUAUAGUGGUAAGGGCUACGACGACUCAUAGACUGGGCAUGUAUUAAUAUUAAGACAACUCAAACACACCCUCGAAACUCAUGUACAG